UUCAAAUCAUGCUCGGGGACGUGGCGAGCGCUGGGGGCCGACCCGGAGAGCGAGAUAAUGUUUCGUCGGGGAGCUGUUUUGUGAGGCCGCUUUCUAAGAAACAACAGGAUUUAGGUCGUUUUCAGCUGUUCAUCCGAGGAAGAUAAAUGGCAGCGCGUUGCUACCCCGCUCCGGGUUAGGAGUUAACGCUUCGCUUAGGCCUCUUGUUCGUUUUGCAGCGCGGUGCGUGUCUGAGAGUGGAAAAGCUAAAACAUUAAUCAGCAGAGAAGCAAACAUAGGUUUGCACGAGGCUGGGAAAGACUAACAGUCAGCGUGAAAGAACCAUGUCUGUUCGGGAGUCCUUUAACCCAGAGAGCUACGAACUGGACAAGAGCUUCCGCCUCACCCGAUUCACUGAACUGAAAGGCACAGGCUGCAAAGUGCCUCAGGAUGUUUUACAGAAACUACUUGAAUCCUUACAAGAAAACCAUUUCCAAGAAGAUGAACAGUUUCUUGGAGCUGUUAUGCCUCGGUUGGGAAUUGGGAUGGACACGUGCGUUAUUCCUUUAAGACAUGGAGGUCUGUCUUUGGUCCAGACAACAGAUUAUAUUUAUCCAAUUGUGGAUGACCCAUACAUGAUGGGACGUAUAGCCUGUGCCAAUGUCCUAAGUGACCUUUAUGCCAUGGGGGUCACAGAGUGUGACAACAUGUUGAUGCUCCUUGGAAUCAGUAAUAAAAUGACAGACAGGGAAAGGGACAAAGUGAUGCCUCUAAUUAUCCAGGGCUUCAAAGAUGCAGCAGAAGAGGCAGGGACUUCUGUGACCGGUGGCCAAACAGUGUUAAAUCCUUGGAUUGUUCUUGGAGGAGUGGCCACAACAGUCUGUCAGCCUAAUGAAUUCAUAAUGCCAGACAAUGCAGUGCCAGGAGAUGUACUUGUAUUAACUAAACCCUUGGGAACACAAGUGGCUGUAGCUGUCCACCAGUGGCUAGAUAUUCCAGAAAAAUGGAAUAAAAUCAAACUGGUGGUAACGCAAGAAGAUGUAGAGCUAGCAUACCAGGAGGCAAUGAUGAAUAUGGCAAGGCUCAACAGAACAGCUGCUGGACUAAUGCACACUUUUAAUGCACAUGCAGCUACAGAUAUCACAGGAUUUGGUAUUCUGGGGCAUGCACAGAACUUAGCCAAACAGCAACGAAAUGAGGUGUCCUUUGUUAUUCAUAACCUCCCUGUCCUAGCCAAGAUGGCUGCAGUUAGCAAGGCGUGUGGCAAUAUGUUUGGACUCAUGCAUGGUACCUGUCCUGAGACUUCAGGAGGCCUCCUCAUCUGUUUGCCACGUGAACAGGCUGCACGUUUCUGUGCUGAGAUCAAAUCUCCCAAGUACGGCGAGGGUCACCAAGCAUGGAUCAUUGGGAUCGUAGAGAAGGGGAACCGCACUGCCAGAAUUAUAGAUAAACCACGAAUCAUUGAAGUUGCACCGCAAGUGGCCACUCAAAACGUGAACCCAACACCUGGUGCCACUUCUUAAUCUAGACAAAAUAGCAAUUUGUUUUGUUUUUAAAUAGAUCUAUUCCUUUAUCAUCCUACAAUUUAAAGAACUGUAAAAAGAAAAAAAAAAAGAAACUCAUUGUGUCUGCACAUCUGGUGGCCUUAGGUCAGUUUAUGAGUGGAUACAAUUAAUAAAAUAAAAUCCAUUGCCUUUUUUUCCUGUUACAUUAACUGAAGAUGCACCUAAUCUUGAGGCAGCUUCUGAGUUGAGAAAUAUAUUGUUAUCCAAUACUGUUGAUUCAUUUUGAAUCUUUAGACACUUAUCUCUUGCCGCAUAGGCUUUUUUUAAAGGUGCUUUCACGUAGCACAGACAUUACCAGUAGUAGUGUCGAAUAGCAGUUUGUGUCCUUUCAUUGUAUGUAUAUUUAUCAUUAUAAGUCUAAUUUUGGAUGCCUUGAAUGAUAUUCCGAAGAGGCAAUAAAUUGAGAAGUGACACAUUGGGUUAUACCCAGUAGUGAGAAGGUUGCAUGAUUAAUCCAAUCUUUGAUUUGUAAAGUUUAGUCUUACCCAAGAGCAUCUACAUCCCUGGUCACUGCUUGGUAGCACACUCUGUUAAACGAACAAGUGCUGACUUUGCAUGGAAAGCGCUUCAGAGUUGAAGGAGAAAUUUUUAAUUUCAUUAUUUGUAGACAUGACAAUAUUUACUGUAUUAUCAAUAAUUGUUUUUUUAUUGAUAGUAAGGAGAAAAAUAAUUGCUCUUUUUUUGCAAUGUGAUUGGAUGUGCUAUAGUGCAACAAGGUAUAGCAGACCAAAAGGGGAUUACUGUAUAAUAUUCAUUUACAAUUCACUAUAUAAUUAACUACACAUUUUUUAAAUAUAAUCAAUCUAAAAUAAACCUCUGUUCUGUGGAUGGUAGUGUUUAAUACAUUUUAUAUUU